AUGGAUCCAGAAGACUUAGAAUGUCUCACUAAGAAGGGUGCACUCACGGUCCCAGCUCCUGAUCUACGUGACGCUUGUCUACGAAGCUUUUUUCAACACGUGCAGCCCUGCUUUCCCAUCCUUGACUUGAAAAGCGUUCAGGCCUGUGUCAAUGAAUCAGGCCCCAAUUCUGGAAAGUUGAGUCUUCUCCUCUUCCAAGCGAUGAUGUUCGUUGGAAGUACCUGGGUUGAUAUAAGAUUCCUGCGCAAGCUCGGGUUCUUGACCCGCCACGCGGCACGAAAAGCCUUGCAUCGAAAGGUUCGCUUGCUUUAUGAUUCAGAUUAUGAGGAUGAUCGUAUCUGUUUGGUACAGUGCCUUAUACUGCUGACCUUCUGGUGGGAAGGCCCAAAUGAGAAUAAAGAUGCAUGGCAUUGGAUUGGAACUGCUCUCUCGGUGUCCCGCACGAUCGGCCUACAUCAGCCGUGUGCAGAGGCAACGUUCAGUCCUGAGAUUGCACGAUUUAGGAAACGAUUAUGGUGGACAAUCCUCAUGCGUGACACGAUCGCAUCGUUUGGGUUGAGCAGGGCCCCGAGGAUACGAGAUGAGGACCACUUCGUGGACAUGCUCGAGGUUGAAGACUUCGAUGUCUACGAUACCGAUUCGGACUUCAUGCCUGGCACCGUCCCCCUUCUGGUGAGCCAGCAACGAAUGUUUGCUCGUCUAGCUACCGAAAUGGCUAGGUUAUGCCGGAUAUUAAGAAGGGUGCUCCAAUUGGCGUAUCCUGAGAGCUCCUCAGGACAGACGGCGAGCUUAUACUCCAGUCGACAGUUAACCGGCCUGAACAAGAUGACAUUACCGCGCAAGGCGCUUGACAUUGAACAGCUUAGAAUCUGUGACCAGGACUUGGAUCGGUGGCGCAAAGAAGCGCCAGAAGGUAUCUUGCACUGUCGACCCAUGGUUGAAAAGUUCGACCCUUUUGACAAAGCCGAGCUCGCACACCGUGGUCUCCUAUCUAUGCUAUAUCACACGACCUUGAUGGCACUGCACCGACCGCGAAUCUUGGCUUCGAGUAGUGUGAACAUUCCUACUCAAACCCCUGCUCAGGUUGGCCAAGACCAGUCUCGAAUUGUGGUGCGUUACGCCGCCAUUGAGAUCACCAGAAUCGGCAUGGAUUUUUAUGAAGCCGACCUGGUGAGCUCGCUGUCUGCUACCUGCCUUGGCUGCCUGCUCUCAGCAGGUAUCAGCCAUAUUUUUGACAUGACUUCGACCGAAGUCCUCAUCCGCUCUGAAGGAGUACAGAGGCUUCAACAGUCCAAACGUCUGUUGCAGGAGUUUUCGGAUGGACAUAUAGCGGCAGACUGGUGUACCAGCAUCCUGGAUAAGAUAUCUACGCAAGUACAAAUGCAGGUGCCCGCAGGUGAGGAUAAUGCACCUCAGCGAAUGUGCGGCGCACCAGCACGUUCGAUCCGAGUACAACAUGGAGAUGCUUCUUAUUCAACAGGAGGGGGACAUUUGGCGAUGGCCGCGACUCUCGACAACACUCGUGGCAAACCGACAAGUUCUCCUGAAACGAAUGGCGCUCUGACCACGGGGCUGGGGUCACUUCCGGGGGAUAUACAGUUCCAAGGGAUAGAUGCCUUCAGCCAACCGUCGAAUCCUGGACCACUGGUAGCUGGCCAGCCGCCAGGUUCUCCGAAUGAGUUCACGAAUAUCUUGGGCCUGGGAGAUAUGUGGCUCGACAUUGCAGGGAUAGUCAACACAAAUGCCGAGCCCGACUGGAUAGACAGCAGCACGUUUUGGGGGAAUUGA